AUGGACUUUCUUGAAAACAACUUUAAGAACUCAGCUGAUAGGCUAGAUAAACCUUCAGAGUAUCUCAUAAGAAAAGCCAGACACAAUUAUGGCGAGCUAGAACGGGCCAUGACUUCACGCACAGUAUAUGUGGGAAACCUCUCGCAUUUCACAACAGAAGAACAGAUCCAUGAAUUGUUUAUGAAAAGCGGACCCAUCGAUAAGAUCAUUAUGGGUCUUGAUCGUAAUAAACUAACACCGUGCGGGUUCUGUUUUGUGAUUUAUCGUACAGAAGAAGGGUCUUUGAAUGCAAUGAAGUAUUUGCAAGCAACUGUAUUGGAUGGUCAGAAUAUCUCGAUUGAUUUGGAUCCUGGAUUCAGAGAAGGACGACAGUUUGGAAGAGGUAGACACGGAGGACAAGCUGCCCAGGAAUUGGCUGCAGCUGCGGCAAAUGGUGGUGGCAGUGGUGGCGGAUAUAACGAUAGAUACAACGGCGGAAGUGGUGGUGGUGGUGGUGGUGGUUUUAAUUAUAGAGGUCGUGGUGGUUACAGAGGUAGAGGGUUUAGAGGUAGAGGCGGAUACCAUAGAGGAAGAGGCCAUGGUGGUUCAGUCUACAUUCCAUCUAGAGAUCCUGCAUUUAACAGCUCAUUUACAUAG